AUGGUUGACAGAAAAUACAAAAUUACAGAUGGAAGAUCGAUUGAGAGAAACAUUCUCACAGCGACAAAUACGUCAACAGUACAAGUGGCAGGUUAUGAUGGCUGUACUUUACAUAGUUUGGCUCGAAAUUAUACACUGCCUCCAGAAUUAUACACUAUCUGGGAGGCCUACCCGUGGCAUUUUGGAGAACCUUUCUGCAUUUUCAGAGCCCUUCUUAUUGAAAUGACCACCUACGCAUCUGUACUGACAAUCACCAGCUUCACCAUAGAAAGAUACAUAGCUAUCUGUCACCCAAUCCGAGGCCAGCGCGCCUCCAGAGAAUCCCGAGCCAUUAAAUGUGUAUUUACCAUCUGGAUCGUUUCCGUCCUUUGUGCGCUGCCUUAUCCCAUCCACACCAGGGUUUUCACUGACUCCUUUGUGUGCAAUAUUCCCUUUCGAUGGCAGCACAGGAUGGGAUUUUUCUUCCAGGUUUCCACUUUUGUGUUUUUCAUCUUUCCCAUGGCGAUAAUCACCGUCAUGUACCUGCUGAUCGGGAUGCGACUCCGGAGUUCUGCCCUCGCUUCCGCCUUGUUGCCUCAAGCCCAGCAAAACAAGAUAGCGGCUUCGCGAGCACGGAGGGCUGUGCUAAAGAUGUUGG